AUGUGGGAGUGGAGUCCUGUUUAUAAGGGGAAAGGAGGGCCUUUCCCUAGUAGCCAAGUCCAUCCAUCCAAACAAGAAGCUGAAAGACUAAUAACAUCAUCCAAGUUAUCAUCUCAAAAUGAUAUAAACUCUUCGAUCGUUCCUACACCACGGCUCGUUGAGCAUAAGUUCAAGUUUCCUUUUCUCCCUGCUUCAAAAGUUUCUAUUGAAGAUCUUCAUCAAUAUGCUGGUUACUACAAACUUUCACAUACUGAGGGUUCAAUGAUGUUUUACUUCUUUUUUGAAUCUCGGAAUAGUGUGAACGAUCCACUCGUGAUAUGGUUGACUGGAGGGCCAGGAGCUAGUGGCAGUGUUGCAUUGUUUUAUGAAAACGGACCUUUUCAUAUCACAGAUGAGCUAACUCUCAUACAGAAUGAAUAUAGUUGGAACAAUAUGUCAAAUAUUAUAUAUGUUGAUCAGCCUAUCGGAACAGGUUUCAGUUAUACAACUAAUGAUGAUGAUAUAAGAUACCAUACAAUUGGUGUGAGCAACGAUUUGUAUGAUUUUUUGCAGGAAUUCUUAAAUGCGCAUCCUAAUAUGGUUUCAAAUGAAUUCUUCAUAACUGGAGAAUCUUAUGCUGGACAUUAUGCUCCUUCUCUCGCUGCUCGUAUCCUCCGAGGAAAUAUUGAAGAAGAGGGAACUCCGAUAAAUCUCAAGGGAUUUGCUGUUGGUAAUGGACUUACAAAUCCAGGAAUCCAAUUUCUAUCACUGCCAAAUUAUGCAUGGCAAAAUAAGUUAAUUACAGAAAAUGAUUAUCACUUCAUUAAAGAAGAAGUGGCCCCGAAUUGUGAAUCAUCUACAAAAAAUUGUGACAUGGGUAUUCAAGGUGCUUGCCAUGAUGCGUUUUAUUAUUGUCAUGACAUAUUCAACAUGAUCAUGAACGUUGCAGGAAAUAUAAAUUCUUAUGAUAUUAGAAUAGAGCGACAUGGGACAACAAAUUAUGACUUCUCAAAAUUAGAGAGGUUUAUGAAUCUCCAAUCAGUAAAAAAUGCUCUUGGUGUGAAUAAACAAUUUAUUUUCCAAAAUAACACUAUAUAUCAAGGAAUGUUGGAGGACUACAUGAAGAGUUUUGAUGUAGACAUUCCUGCUUUAUUGGAGAAUGGAAUCAAGGUCCUUAUCUAUGCAGGAGAUAAAGAUCUUAUAUGUAAUUGGCUUGGAAAUUUAAGGUGGCUCCAUGAAAUGAUUUGGCCUGGCCAAAGGGACUUUAUAGAAGCUCCAAUUGCUGAUUUUAAAGUUGAUAAUGAAAAGGCAGGAGUGAUGAAGAGUCAUGGAUCUCUCAUUUUCAUCAAGGUUGAAAAGGCUGGUCAUAUGGUUCCAAUGGAUCAACCAAAAAUUGCUUUUCAUAUGAUAAAAAGUUGGAUGCAAGACGAGUGGGAAUGA